AUGGCCACCCGCCUGCCUCCUUUAAAUGAUGUGGCGCCCUCGUCGUCCCUGGAGUCAUCGUCAUCCGUGAGCACCACUCCAGUUCCAGUUCCAGCUCCAGCUCCAGCUCCAGCAUCAGCCACAGUGUCAGUAUCAGCAACAGCAUCAAUACCACUCACCUCGAACCCGUCCUCAACAGUCCUCUCCACUCCAAAUCAAGAUCCCGACUGCGUCAAGCAGGAAGCCUCCCCUACCCCCUCCUGUUUCACCUCCGCCGACGGCGACACACCCGUCGCCGACAAUGGCGGAUCUACGACGGCCGCGGGCCGGAAACGCAAGCUCAACAGUACCUCGUCGCGCGGCGUGGCCAAUCUGACUCCCGAGCAAUUGGCCAAAAAGCGAGCGAAUGAUCGGCAGGCCCAGCGGGCGAUCCGGGAGCGGACCAAAUCGCACAUUGAGUCGCUUGAGCAGCGGGUGCGGGAGCUCUCGUCUCAGAAACCGUUUCUUGAUCUCCAGGCGGCGUUGAAGCGGAAUGAAGUGAUUGAGGCGGAGAACCGGGAUUUGAAGCACGGGCUUAAGGCGGUGAUGGAUAUUAUACAGCCGCUGGUUGCGAAGCAGGACCCAAAUCUGCCUCCUCCUCCUCCGCCUUCCCAACCUCUGAACCCUUCCUUCAAUCCGCUGCAGUAUACCGAGACUCACCAUUUCACCUCGAGCGGCCAAAGAUUCGAGUCAUCCUAUACGGCGACGACCUCUGGUGCAGAAACGCCGACGUCGACACACUCGGCACCUACGAUGAGUGCUCAUCCACAGGAUAGCAGCAACGGACUGGCGUCGUUCCGGAUCGCAUUCGACUAUCAGCGUCAUAACCUCGCUCAUGGAUUGGAUUUUGGUACAGACGAGAGACUGGGUUUCAAUUUCCUGCUCGAUGCUACUCAGCAAGUUCCUCGGAUGGAAGGGUUCCGUCGGUCAAUGGAGAGCUUCAGGCCGUCUCAGGCAGAUCCGCCUCCAGUCUACACACCUUCGCCUAGCGGUCUUGCGCCGGAGCAACCCUUGCCCGCAUACAGAACUCCGAUCCGGAACGUAGCCCCGACAUGCACAUUGGACGCCAUCCUGUUAGAUUUUCUUCAGAAUCGUCAGCGCAAAGCGGCAGAGGGAGUUCCCACACAGAAGCUCAGUGUUUACUCGCAUCCACUGUCAAAGGUGUUUGUCGAUAUCCUUCGCGCAUUUCCAGAUAUUUCGUCCCUGCCUGAGCAAGUAGCUGUCUUAUACGUAAUGUUUCUCCUCAUGCGGUGGCAGAUCUACCCGACGCCAGAGAACUAUGAGCGGUUGCCCGAAUGGCUCACACCUCGGCCCUCUCAACUUCUCACACCCCAUCCGGCUUGGAUCGACUACAUUCCGUGGCCGCGGAUGCGCGAUCGGCUGGUCGCCUCGUAUCAGGAAUAUCCGUUUGAACAAUGGUUCAUCCCAUUCACUCGGACCCUGUCCGUGAACUGGCCGUACGAGGCGACGGACUGCUUGCUUUCCACCAGUGAUCAUGAGGAUCUCAUCAUUAAUCCAGUCUUUGAGCGACAUUUUAGAAAUCUGGACAAUUGGUCGCUCGGCCCAUCUUUCGCGGAAGCGUAUCCGUACAUGGCCGAAACCGCGAGAAUCAAAUCUUAA